AUGAACGCAGGAAAAACCAAGUUCAUGGCCUUCAACCAGCUGAUACCAGUCUGCUUGAAGACCGCAGAUGGAAGCAUUCUUGAAGAAGUGACGGACUUCAGGUACCUGGGGUCACAUAUGGGAAGCACCUCCAAGGAUAUCAACUCCCGCAAGGCAGCAGCUUGGAGGGCCUGUAAUAAGCUCAAACAAGAUAUGGAGGUCAGACCUGUCAAGCAAGCUGAAACAAAGGACGAAAAAUGUUGUCAAGGCGCUCAAAAGAACAAGGCAAAAACUGAUGAAAUAGAAGACGGUAAACCCGGUCCAGACACUCAAAAGAAAAACCUAAGACUUUGCGAGGUGCUCAAGAAGGGGGACAAGAAUGUUCCGAAGUAUAAAGACAUUCAUUUGAACGUUAAGGAGAAGAGGAAUGCUAAUAAGGAAGCCUUGGAGGUGACGUCUAUGCACUGUGAGGAGUUGAAGGAAGCCAACAUGUACCUGACCAAGAUUCUGGGGAUGGAGAAAAACGCAAGGACGAUUCAGCUGAUAGACCAACUACAGCGGCAUCAGAAGACGCUGGAAGCUGAGCUGGAAGAGGCAAGGAGGAAGGAGGCGCAUGCGCAGGAGAGGGCGGAGAAAGCGGAGAGACAGGCCAAUGAAAUCUCACAACAGGUGGAACAAGUGCGUAGGUCACGUGACAAGACCCUCAGCGAGAAAGAACAACUGCUACAGCAAGUCGAGAAAGAGAGGACGGCGUUCGAAAAGGUUCGUCAACAUGUUGAUACGGUUGGGAAGAUGCGACAAAGGGCGCACCAAGUAAAGGAGAAUGCGCUACGCCAGAGGAACAAGCUGGCCAAGGACAUAGAAGCCGAGCGCGCCAAAAUGUCCGCCAUGUUGUUGGCCAUGAAGGAAGUCAACACGCAGAAAUUCAACGCAGAAAGACGUCGACUGAACAUGGUCCGAAUGAAAAACAAGCUCGCGAAGGAGAGAGACGAAGAAAGAGCCAAGCUACGGGAACUCCACGACACCAUAGAAGAGAUGAAGAAAGAAAAAGAGGAGGCCGUGAAACAAAAAUACAGGGCCCUGAAACAACGCGACGAGGCCCGAACAACUUGUAGGAAGUUGAACGGCGAGUUGAAAGAACUACGUGAGUCCGUCGAUUCGUUGAACGAAUCAGGCUGCUUCGUUCUGGAAACUACAGAGAGGUUAGCAGUUGUUGAGAACACUCGCCGCUCAACCGCAACGAACUCAAACAAAAACCCGCGCUCUAUGUUCCCCUCUAUCGACAACAAGCGCUCGCAAAGGGUGCUUAGGGCUUCAGGACCACAUCCGGGUGUUUCAAAGGCAAGGGUUCCCGCCAAAUUACCCAAAAUGAGUCAGAUACAAGGGACCGUACCAACUCCUGUAAGGGGUGGGUAUCCCUGCGUCCAUGGAGGGAGGCCGUACGACCAAUGGAGCUCCGCCUACAAUCAUGACGUCACAGACUCUGACGUCAUGAGGGGCGGGGCUGAGCUCUACGACUAUGGUUUCUAUGACGACGACCUUCCGGAUCAUCUGACAAGGAGCUAUGUUCAAUAUGCUGACCUGCAGGCGACUGGUCAUCAGAGGGCACUGGUCAACCGGCCCCCUCAUCACGCUGGACAAUGGAAAAAGUACCCCACUGGCGAAACUCUGGCCACUCACUCCCACCGUCGUCCUACGACGUUGUCAGACAACGGUUUCCAUAGCAACGCAGACGUGAACUAUGAGGAAAGUGAUGACGUUGCGACCAGUACCACAGAGAGCGGUAGUCAUGGCAACACUGUUGACAGACAGGUGUCGGCACACUUAGAAGGGCUGUCGAGCGAUCCGCGCGCUCACGUUACUCACGGUUACCAUGGCAACAUGGUUGACAGACAGGUGUCCGCGCACCUCUGUCACUGGGACUGCGACUGCGCGAGAAAUAGUGUCGACCAACCAGAGUCCGUGAAACUACCAAUGAUUAAAAGUGAUCAAUCAUAUCGCCAAUCAGGAAUAAACUCGUCAAUAGUCAACCCUUCACGAAUGAAAUUCCCCGAAUUGUAGGCUGUUUUUUGUGCAGGAGAACAAUAAGCACUGUCACCGACGAUAAUGCGCAUUCGCAGUCAAAGGUAAAUCUCCUGAGACACAAAUUUUGGAUAUUAUCAUUAUGGAAAUCGAUCAACGGAGACCAAAUGUACAUGUAUGUGAACAUGGUCGAGACAAGAGUUUCUAAAAGUUAGGGGUCUUCACCUUUGACCUACGCAUGCGCAGAUGGAUUAAUUAAAAGGCUUAUACAAACUGUAUGGUAAGAAAGGAGUCAACACUCAUAGCAACAUAAG